AUGGCUUCUGCAUCGAGCAUCAACGAACUGAAAAUAUUUUUGAAAGUUUCAAAUGAUCCCAACGGUGUAUUACACACACCAUUUACAACUAAUUUACAACGUUAUGAAGCUGCGUCAAGCGGUAAAAAGAUACGUGAUAUUGAUGAAAUACCACUAAAAGUACCGUACUAUACACUAUCUCAAGGAAUUAUCAUUCAUUUCUCUUCAUUGGAUACUAAAUCAGCAAACCGAUGCAAACUAAAUAUAAAAUUGAAAGAUAGUCAAGGUUUUCAAUAUGUAAAUCGAAUACCUAUUAUGUUGAAACAUGAUGGUACUAGUAACAUGAAUGAUCCAGAAUUACAACGUACAUUUCAUUUGCUUUCUGAUCAUAAUCUACGAACAAAAAAUGGCGAUGAUGACCCAGUGGCUACGUUUGAUGAAGCUACGUACUUUGAACAUUCAUAUUUUUUUUCAACUUUUCUACCUUUAUUGAAAAACGAUUUUAUUUACGAAAAAAAAGAAAAAAAGUGA